AUGAAAAGAUGUUCUGUGGUCCUCAACACUGCCAAUGGAGCGGCUGUCGGUGAAGCAACCUUUCCAAUUUGGAGGUAUCAGUUGAAGACUUUGCUGAACCGGCAAAAGCAGUUAGCUCCUGAACUCGAGCACGUUCAUAGACCGAAAUAUGCGGUUAACGAGGAGCCUCCGACCGAGUCGGAGGUCCUGGUGAAGCCAGAAGCAUUGCGAGGAAAUGAGGACGAAUUUCCCACUGGCUUUUUCGGGUGGCUUCUGCGACAAAUUAAUAGGCUUAGUCCGAGGACAGCGAAUGUGCUCAAACAACUUUAUUAUUUGUUCUCGGACGUCAUUAAUGGGGAGACUAAUCUAUCAGUUGCAGGCAUCAGGCUGCUGGGGAUUUUUGCACCUGGCGACGUCUCCCAGUUAGGAAUGUUCAAGAACCUCUUGAAAGGAGCUCUAACAAACUAUAAAAUGCUGGCAAUCCUUGUUUACUUGGCAUUGGCCGGGCUUGUCAUUUGUGAAUAUGAAGGUAACUUUGUACUCAAUGCAAAGCUCCUAGCAGAGGAAGGAAGGGAAAAUAUGGAGGAGUUGUCGUUAGUACUGACAAUCGUGUGCCAAAAUUUAACGACAAGAGAAGAGAAAUUCAGAAUGAUAGAGGAGUUGGUCAAUACUACGAUGGCUGAUAAAACUGAGGAAGAAAAGAAAGAAAUCCUUCAAGGAAGUCUAGUGGCUAUUGCGGUUGUUAGUGUGCUGCUUGAAAAUGUCAACAAAUUACAGAAUAAGGAGGUACAAUUUGCGUUCUACAAAAUCCACGCAAAAAUUUGUGAUCCCGAGUUUUCUACGCUACCUAAAGAAGAGCGAAGUAAAAAAGGAAUUGAGGUUAAAGGUGUCGGCGUACCCUAUGUGAUGAAGAAAAUGCGACUUGCUGGAGGACGUGAACUUUAG